AUGAAUAAGAAGCGCAGUGCCCCCGGGGCCGCAGUUGCCUCUGCAGGCUCCUCGUCCAAGAAGCGGAAGAUGGAUGGUGUGCAAAAGUACUACGCAGUCAGAGCUGGGUUCAACCCCGGCGUCUACUUGACCUAUCCCGAGUGCCAACAGCAGACAUCGGGAUUCAGAGGUGCAGUCUUCAAGUCGUUCGUUUCGAAGCAGGACGCCCUGGACUUUGUUGCCGGCAAGAAGGUUGCCUCCACGUCCAAUGAACCCGACAAGUUCUACGCGGUCGCCGUGGGCAACCCUACGGGUAUCUAUACGGACUGGACCGAGGCCUCGGAAGCUAUUAAGGGCAUCAAGGGACCCAAGUAUAAGCGGUUUGCGACACGGGCAGAGGCAGUUGGAUAUAUCAAGCAGUUUGGCAACAAGGAAACCAUUGAUGCUCUGGGGGAGGAGGGACGAUCGCACCCGGAGCCAGAACCGGAGCCAGUAUUCGAACUUCAACCCGAGGAGCCACCGGCCAAGAAGACCAAGCGGGUCCCGGAUGAGGUUCCUGGUUCGGGGCCUGUGGAGGAUGUGCUCAAGAUCUACACCGACGGCAGCAGUCGCGCCAACGGCAGAACCAGCGCUCGCGCCGGAUUGGGCGUCUACUUCGGAGACCAUGACAGGCGUAACCUCUCGGAGCGGCUCCCCGGCCUGCCCCAGACGAACCAACGAGCUGAACUGAUGGCCAUAUUGCGAGCACUCCAGAUUGCACCCCUGGAGCAGGCGGUCCAAAUCUUGACCGACAGCCAAUACUCGAUCAACUGCGUGACGCAGUGGGCGCGGAGCUGGGAGGCCAAGGGCUGGAAGACAGCCAAUGGUGCAGAAGUCAAGAACCAGGACAUUAUCCGGGAGGUCCUGGCCAGAAAGGCAGAGCGGGAAAGGGCUGGAGGCGCAACCUACUUUAAAUGGGUCAAGGGGCACGCCAGCAGCCGAGGCAAUAUCGCGGCUGAUCAGCUCGCCGUCGCUGGAGCCGAUUUGAGUCCCGUCUGA